AUGCCUUACGCUUUGGACUCCUUCAUACCUCAGUUUCCCGAAUCCUCCGUCCUCCCCUUUUCAGCACUUUUCUUUCUUCGGUUUUCGUUUAAUUUUUUCCCUUCCCUCUUCCCCCCUCUUUUCUUCAAGUGUGUUUACCAAGGCCGCGUCGAGAUUCCUCCGCACAUUGUCGCGGAAGCCAUGGCCGCGCUUCGCGGCAACAAGGGCGAGCCGGCGCUAGACGUGCGUUGGUCCGCGCCGAUUUCGGAAAACGAGAUGCGCUACGUCGAAGACUACGUCAAAGCGCGUUACCCGGCGAUUUUCACGGAGUGCAUCGUAGGGCUCGGAUUCCCCAUGCCGUGCGUGUUAGAGGAGCCCGACGGCGGCGGGUAUCGCGGCGGGGGAUUGUCUCCAAUGGCGGAGCUUCUUGCGAUGGAUGACGAGGGGGACGCGGAGGGGGAAGGGGGAUACGUCGGAAUGGGCGGACCGGGCGCGGUCUUCGGAAGGAGUAACAGCACCGACAUUCUGGUGGAGAGCCGGGACGUGCUGGACCUCUCCAUGAGCGUGAGUGUCACGGAGCUGCACGCGCGGAGGCGCAUUCUGCAGCAGUGCGGUGUGGAGAACGAGGAGUACCACAUCGUCUUCACGCCUUCUGUUCAAGAAGCCAUGGUGCUGGUCGCCGAGGCCUACCCCUUCCACCGCCACAACGUGUUUCUCACCGCCUUGGACCAGUCGGAUGACAGCAUCAGCAUGUUUGCAACUCAUAAGGACUCCAAGGUGAUCCAGGCGCCCCUAUCAUGGCUCGACCUGCAGAAGCCGGGAAGCCAGCUCAGCACCAACUUCAGGCGCAAGAGCAAAGCCAACCCCAAGGGUCUGUUUGCCUACCCCAUGUGUGCAAACGGCCAAACCUUCUCCCUGCACUGGGUGUCGGAGGCUCAGCGCACCUGCUGGCACGUGCUGCUAGAUGUGACCGCUAUUGAGCUUGACUCGGGGGUUUUCAAUCUGACUUCACACAAGCCUGAUUAUGUGCUCUGCUGCUCUCCACAUAUUGUGGGUUACCCCCCUGUCCUCUCGUUCCCUGCAUCUGCCAAACUCACUCCCGCCAUGGCCUGGGGCCAGUUCGCCCCGGUUUUCCAAUCGCCAGUCCUGCCGUCAUCCCCGCCGCCAAUGUUGCCAGUCGCCGGCGAAUCUGACGGUGAACCGUUGCCGGUGACCGGGAAGUCCAUGAUGGAGUGGAAAGACUCGGUUGUACGAGCGGCUGCGGCGAUGGGAACGACGCCGGCGAGCGAUUCAUUUGAUUCGUGCUCCUCCGAUACAAGCUUAUCCGAUACAAGCACGUCGGAUUCCGCGGCGCUUACCUCUGAGUGGAGCUCUAACUCGUUACUUAGUCUAAGCUCCACUCGCUCCGAAGAAGCGGAGGAUUUAAGUAGCACCGAAGGGUCUGGGGCCGCCUCCCCUGGUAGUCCGGCUGUGGCGGAUGCGGCGGCGGCGGCAGCGGCGGAUUUUCAGAGAGUGCUGCUCCUGGCGGAAAACGCGGGGAAAUUGGAGGAACUAGCGGAGAAUGCGGCGAGGAUGGGCCUGGUACCAGAGACGACUGCGCUCACGUUGAACCUGGAGCGAGCAGCGGCUGAUGCGGCGGAAGCGGCGGAGACUGCUGACCAGGUUGCUGACGUCAUCGAUGCUGCCGGCCCUGCGACGCCUGCCGCUACUUCUGCUCCUGUAGCUAAAGCAUCUCCUGCAGCUGCUGCCGCCCCGCCCGCCGCAUUCGUCGCGAUGCAGCGUCGGUCCGCCACGACUCGCGCUGUGCACAACGCGGCCCGGCGCGACAACGUGGAGGAGCUUGGAGCGCUUCUGGCGGAUUGUCCGGAGCUGAUUAACGCGCGGUCGAGCCUGACGUGCCAAACCCCGCUGCACGAAGCGGCGGCGGAAGAUGCGGCGGAGGCCAUUCGUGUGCUUCUGUCGUUCGACCGACCGCCGUCAGUUGCGGGGAGUGGCGGCGAGUAUAGGGAGACGCGAGAGGACGCAUCAGGCGCAAUUCCCGCGGACGUCGAAGCGCGCAACAUGUUCGGCGAGACGCCUCUGCACAUCGCCGCCAAGUGCGGCAGCGCGAGGAGCGUCAAGGCGUUGCUCGAAGGCGGCGCGGCCGUCAACGCCGCUGCGUCGAAUCGCGCCACGCCGCUCUAUCUCGCCGUCUGGGCCGCACUCAACACUGCUGACGUGGCAGCCGACAGCAACGCGGGAGGGGCUCCGGCUGGAAUGGGCCAGCCGAAGAUUCUGGAAGUGGUGGAGUUGCUGCUGAAGCACGGUGCUGACGUGGCAGCGCAAGACAAGGAUGGCAACUCCCCUUCGAGUCACAUUCAAUUAGGCAACUCAUCCGCUACAAGCACCAGCAACAACAGCGGUAUCCGCGCCUCCCUACGACGAAUCCUCGACCGCCACGUGGCACUCCACGCUCCGUCCCCGUCGCCGUCCCUCACCCCUAGCUCCGCAUCCGCCGUGAUGCAAACGCUCGAGAAAGAGUUAUCCUCGUUAAUAGGCCUCCCGCUAUUGAAGCAGCAGCUGCGCGUGUGGGCGAAGGGCUUGGUCUUAGAUCAGAAGCGGCGGGAACUGGGGAUCCGCGUGCAACCGCGCAAACCCCCGCACAUGGCUUUUCUAGGUUCCCCCGGCACGGGGAAAACCACCGUUGCGCGCGCGCUUGCGCGGCUGUUGAAUUUGGUGGGUGUCUUACCCACGGAUAAGGUGGUUGAGGUUCAGAGGACGGAUUUGGUUGGCGAGUUUGUCGGGCAUACGGGCCCGAAAACGCGGCGGAAAAUUCUGGAGGCGGCUGGGGGGAUUCUUUUUGUGGACGAGGCGUACCGGUUGGUUCCGCAGCAGCGGUCAGAUGAAAAAGACUAUGGCGCGGAGGCAUUGGAGGAGAUAAUGUCGGUGAUGGACUCGGGCAGCGUUGUUGUGAUUUUUGCUGGAUAUGCUGAGCCAAUGAAGCGGGUCUUUGCAGUAAACGAGGGGUUUCAGCGGCGUGUGUCGCGAGUAUUUGUGUUUGACGAUCUCUCUCCACUCGAUAUUGCGCAAGUCAUGCUGCUUAAAAUGAAGCAGGCGGCUGGGGAAGCUGCUACUAACGGGGAUGAGCUAGACGUUGACUGUGCUAGCAGUGCGCAUCUUUGUUUCCUGUAUGUGCACUCUUGUCAUAACACUUGCUCCUUCCUCCGUUCCCUCCACUUCCUCCUCUACUCACUCCUCCCUCCUGUCUUGUAUUCCCCUCCUCACUGCAGGUUGCAUCCCAGCAUAACUCCAUCCUCCCUAGCAGCUGUUAUCACCCGAUCAACCACAGAGGAGCAGCGGAGGCAGAGGAACGGAGGGAUGGCGCUGCCUGUAUUAAUGGACGCUCGAGAUCGACUGGAUGAACGGCUGGAUAUUGACUGCUGUGACAUGGACGAGCUUGUGACUAUAACGAUGGAAGACAUCGAGGCAGCUCUGUCCAACAUUCCUCAAUAA